AUGUCAAUAACGAUUUUUUUUAUUCCGUUGGUCAACACGAAUCUCUAUUUCUCUCUCACUCACUGUCUUUCUCUCUUUCCCUCUUUUUCUUUCUCUUUUUCUCUUUCUCCGUCUCUCUGCUCGUCUCCCCAUUUCUUUCUUGUAUCUUUUUUCUUCAUAACAUCCUUCGUUUUUUUUCCUUUUUCAUUGCAUUUAUUUUGCUUUUGCAUUUUGCUCUCUAUUCUUGAGCUUUCAGUUUUCUUUAUUUUUCAUUUCCUUCGUCUUCUAUCAUUUUCUGUUUUUACUUCUUCUUCUUCUUCUUCUUCUUCUUCUUCUUUCACAAUCACUAUUACUACUACUAUUUUACUUCUUGUAAUCUUCCUACUUAAUCGUCUUUGUCUCUGCAUCCUAUUCCUCUUCUUCAUUUGUUAUUACUACUACUAUUCUGCUCAUUGCCCACUUUCUCGUAAGAUCUUCUUCUUCUUCUCUCCUCCUCCCCUCUUUCUUCUUCGAUUACUACGACUACCCUACUUCUUGCAGACAGGUAAGAACCCACCAAAAGUGUCCACUUUCCUAAAUCCGAGAAUAUUUGCCUAUCUACUGUACAUAAAUUCGCUAACAUUUAUCAACAGUCUUAAGUAUAAGACCGAACUAUAUUAA